GUUCAGGCUGCAGGAUGCUGGUUAAGUAAUUUGCAAGUCGGUGCACAAGAAGAAGGAAACGUCAAGCAAAUGAACAAUUCUACCGUGUUUUCACGGGCAGGUUUUUUUUUUUUGAAUGAUAAUCUUCGAACCUCAAUCUUUAAAGUGAAAUCUGGGAAUUAGUACUGGUAUAUGGACUCUCUGACUGGAUUUGGCUGGAAGCAUUUGCCAGGCGCCAGGCCCAUGAUGCACCGCUCCAUCCACUGGUUCCGCAAGGGGCUCCGUCUCCACGACAACCCGGCUCUGCUGGCCUCGCUGCGGGACUGCGCCGAGCUCUGGCCCGUCUUCCUCCUGGACCCCUGGUUCCCCAAGAACGCGCGGGUGAGCGUCAACCGCUGGCGGUUUCUCCUCCGGGCUCUCCAGGACCUCGACGGUAACCUGAGGAAGCUCGGCUCCAGGCUGUUUGUGGUGCGGGGGUCACCGGCCGAGGUCUUCCCUCGCCUCUUCGAGCAGUGGAAGGUGACCCGGCUGACCUUCGAGGUGGACACGGAGCCCUACGCCCGGCAGCGAGACGCCCAGGUGGGGAAGAUCGCGGAGGAGCAUGGCGUGGAAGUCAUCCAGAAGGUCUCCCACACGCUGUACGACACGGAGAGGAUAUUAGUGGAGAACAAUGGGAAAGCUCCUCUGACGUAUAACCGGCUGCAGGCUCUGCUGAAAACCCUCGGUGCGCCCAAAAGACCCGUACCACCGCCGACGGCCGAGGACAUGAAAGGUGUGUGCACCCCCUGUUCGGAGAGGCAUGAUGAGGAGUUUGGGGUCCCCACCCUGGAGGAGCUGGGGCAGGAUCCCCGGACUGCUGGUCCUGAAUUGUACCCCGGUGGUGAGACGGAGGCUCUGUCCCGGCUGGACCGACACAUGCAGAGAACGGCAUGGGUGUGUGGCUUCCAGAAGCCCAACACGGAGCCGAACGCCCUCAGCCCCAGCACCACCGUGCUCAGCCCCUACCUGAAGUUCGGCUGCCUGUCGGCGCGCACGUUUUGGUGGAGACUGACCGACGUGUACCGCGGGGUGAGGGUCUCCAAGAGGGUCUUGUCUCUCCAUGGCCAAUACUCACGAGCUGAAUUUAGUUACCCGAGUGAAAAUGGGUUAUCCCAGGCUGCCUGCUCUUCAGGCUGGCUGGUUACGUCAAGCGCUGCUGCUCGUUCUGUCCCACAAGUGUCCGUGCGUGUGUGUGUGUCACAGGGUUGCACGGGCUUCCCCUUCAUCGACGCCAUCAUGACCCAGCUGCGGUCCGAGGGCUGGGUCCAUCACCUGGCCAGGCACGCCGUGGCCUGUUUCCUCACGCGCGGAGACCUCUGGAUCAGCUGGCAGGAGGGCCAGAAGGUGUUCGAGGAGCUGCUGCUGGAUGCAGACUGGGCCCUGAACGCUGGCAACUGGCAGUGGUUGUCAGCCAGCGCUUUCUUCCACCAGUACUACAGGGUCUACUCUCCCAUCGCCUUCGGGAAGAAGACGGACAAGAACGGGGACUACAUCAGGAAGUACCUGCCUGUACUCAAAAAGUUCCCAUCGGCAUAUAUCUACGAGCCCUGGAAGGCGCCACGCAGCGUCCAAGAGCAAGCAGGGUGCAUUGUGGGAAAAGAUUACCCCCGGCCAAUUGUGGACCAUGAUGUAGUCAGCAAGAAGAACAUCCAGAGGAUGAAGCUGGCAUACGCACGGCGUGCCCAACUCGGUGGCGAGCAAGAGGGCACGGGGAAAGGAAUGAAACGCAAAGGGCAGUCAGUGGCAGACCUGCUGACGAAGAAACAAAAGCGAAAUUCUGUUGAAGAGAAGAUGACGCUAAGUGGAUAGCGAGUGACUGCGGGCCUCCAGGAAUGUGUCCUGCACAUGGAAGGAGAGGGCGUUCGAUGAGGCAGGAAGGGUCGUAAAGCACAGCUGUACGCCUUUUACUUGGAAGUUUUUUUUCCCAUGACAUUUUAGAUUGCAAGAGUAUUUAUAUACAGGGUGGCUUGGUGUCACAGUAGUUAGCAUUGCUGCCUUGCAGCGCUAGGGCCCUGGGUCCAGUUCUAGACUUUCAAUAUUCACCUGGGUUCCCUCAGGGUACCAGUUUCCUCCCACAGUCCACAGACAUACUGGUAGGUUAACUGGCUUCUGGGAAAAUUGGCCCUGGUGUGAGUGUGUGCAGCCUGCAAUAGGCUGGAGAUAGGCUUCGGCUGCCCCGUGACACCAUUUUCAGUGAAAUGGUUAGAUGGAUGGGGGUAUUUAUAUACCUUCUGUUGUCUUCUGGAAAUAUUGGUAUAAAUAUAUAAAAGCUUGGGGGUUAAAAACUGUCUUGUAAACUAAUAGUACUGCUUGUUUUAUUAUUAGGAUCUUCAGCCAUGUUUUGUUGCUGAGGUACAUAGGACAGCUGUGUGAACCCUGAAGACCAAGCUCACUGUUCGCAAUUUAAAAAAUAAGGUAAUUGUGCUAGGAAAUAAUAAACAUUUAGCUUACCCCUGA